UAAAUUACGCUUGCGAUUUACGCAGCAGUAUUUGGUGAGAGACUCGGAAUAGAGCGUCAUACAUUUCGGUCAAUUUAGACAGUUCUAAAAGGAUUUUGAUUUAGUUAAGCAUCCUAGGGCCAAAAUAUUAGGGUUUUGUGGAUUUUUCUAUGUCUCCGAUUUGGAACGAUAUUUUUUCGAACCCAUUAUGGGCUGUAUCGACGGUGAUUUUGGGGCUUAUAGUGCGGUCACAGAGGAGAGGAUCGUGGGACCCGCGUGCUUGUCCAGUGCAACUGAAAGGGAAGACGGCUAUUGUCACUGGCGCUAACACAGGUAUAGGGAAGUUCAUCGCCUUGGACUUUGCACGGCGUGGGGCAAGGGUCAUCUUGGCAUGCCGGAACGAGGCACGUGGAACAGUCGCACGGGAUGACAUCCGGAAGCUCAGCGGAAACGGCAAUGUUCACUUGCGCCUGGUGGACACGUCAUGUCUGGACUCAGUGAGGAUGUUUGCGGAGGGAGUCCUCCAGGAGGAGAAAGACCUCCACAUUCUGGUCAACAAUGCAGGGGUCUCAGGCUUGCCCAAAGCAAUCACGAAAGAUGGCCUUGAAGCGUCUUUUGCCACCAACCAUGUGGGCCCCUUCCUCCUCACCAAUCUUCUUCUAGACAUUAUGAAGCGCUCGGCCCCAGCGCGCAUUGUCAACGUGGCAUCAGUGAACCACUGGAGAGGCAAGGUGGACUUCUCCCACUUUCACGGCGACAACCUCACCUACUUUAUGGACAGCGUGUACAACCACACCAAACUGCACAAUGUUCUGUGGACCAAUGAGCUUGCACGUAGGCUGCAAGGCAGUGGGGUGGCAGCCAACUCCCUUCACCCUGGUGUGAUUAUGACAGAGGUGAUGAGACAUUAUAACGUCCUGGUCCGAAUACUCUUCAACCUCAUUGGAAUCUUUUUUUUCAAGUCCUCUGAGGAGGGUGCAGUCAGUACCAUCUACUGUGCCGUCGCUGAGGAAACGGAGGGCAUCACCGGAAAAUACUUUGACAGUGAUUGCUCUCUGGUACUCCCUGCUCCCUUAGCCAGAGACUCAGCCCUUGCUGCAAAGGCCUUCGAGUACUGCGAGAGAUUGACAUCCAAACUCUGAUCGAAACGACCAUUAAAUCUAGCUACCAAAGUUAGCAUUCAAUUUUCUAAUAGUUUAAGAUUGAAAUUUUACUUGGGAAGCCCAUGUAUGUGUAUAAUACCAUUUUUUUUGAGUAUUUGAAGAGCAAAUUACUUUAUUGUGUCAAUAUACCAAAACUUUUGUUUUUCUUUGUUUCGUUUCAUUUUGAAUACUUGCUAUUUGAAUUUGAUCAUCUGGGCAUAGGGAUAGAACUUCUUAAUAACUACAGACGGUAGCUUAACUAUAAUUAAGAUUCUGUUUUGAAAUUGCAGUAAAUAUCAGUUGGAACAUGUCUCCCUGAGAUUCUGGUUGAGCCAUAUUUUUAUUUUUUUAUGCAUUAAGUUUUAUGCAUAUUUACAUAAAUGUUAUAUACCUGUGGCAAAUGUGUAACGUGUUGUAUAUCGUUAAACAUAUCCUCAUGAUACAUGUUCCUAUUGCUUAGUGACAAUUGAUGGUGAAAUAUACCAAAUAUUAUUUUAAUUAAAGAUAUCUGCAUCAUC